CAUUCCUCUCCUCGUCCACAACAACUCCCUUCCAUGGCCUACGUCAACAUAUUCAAUAUGGUAAAAAACACCAUCGUGCCGUCUACAAGGUCAAUAGGCUCUGAUUUACAGCCUACCUUUUACAAUGUUAUUUUCCUUUAUUAUCAGCAUUGCGUCUCUGACAUCUCUUGUCUCUGCUGCUAAUGUGUGUGGCUUGGUCGGCAUUCAUAAUGAUACGCAGAUAAGCUACUAUAUGGGCAAUUUCUUCUACAAAGGGCCAUCGACUUUUGCGCUGUGUGCCGCAUAUUGCAAAACGGAUCCAAAUAAGUGUAAGGCCUUUCGGUACAGUUAUUUCAGCGACUCUCAGGGGCAGUACUGUGAGUUCUUCGACAAUGGACUCUCUGGCAAUGUUACAGCAGACUCGUCCCAACCUUACUACUAUUACGACAUUGGCUGUGCUUUUCCUGCUUUUGGAAGCACGACACAAACCGUGACAACAACAUCAGUUCCUGCAGCGGUUACACAAACACGGACGCAAACUGUUACAACGACAUCAGUUCCUGCGGUAGUUACGCAGACACAAACCGUGACGACAACAUCAGUGUCUGCUAUGCAAGUCCAGACACAAACAAAAACAAUCUCCCAGACACAGACUCAAACGCAGACUCAAACGCAAACACAGACUGUUACCUUGUCACGAACUCUCACUACGACAUCAACCCCGCCAGCAGCUACUAUAACAGUAAUUCGAACGCAGACAUCGACGUCGACUGUAAUGCAAGGCCAACAAGUUCGUGUCACAACGACCGCGCAAGCAGCCACUGUAACAUCGACUCGAACGCAGACUGUUGUCCAAAACCAACAAGUUCGUGUCACAUCCACCGCGCAAGCAGGCACAGUAACAGCGACUCGAACGCAGACAGCCACGCAGACUGUCGUCCAAUCAAAGAAUUUCACGACGACCUCAACCGUAACAACAGUCCGAGUCCAGGAAGCUGAUGCGGACUACACGCAAACAAUAACGGAACUGACGACGACGACUUAUUACUUCAAUACUAUAUACACUAGAACAAGCACGGCUUACAGCACGUUUACGGUCACGUCGAGAGUCGUAUCGACAUUGCGGUAUUGUUAA